CACCGGGGCUGCCAGUGCUCUGAGGAGGAGGAUCGGGUGAGAGUGGAGCGGAGGGGAAGAAAAGAAACCGUCCCCCGUCAGAAGUAUGCGGGGCUCGUCCUUUCAGACCUUACGUCAGAACGGACUCUUUAACUGGCUGUCAGCCCCGGUCCGGACGCAGACAGAGGUGCACGGAGAUGACAGCGACGGGACGAGGAUGUAGCACACCUGCGGAGAGCGGCGUGUUGAGCGUUUAAAACGGGACUAAUUCUGGAUUCAAUGCAUUUGCAGUUCCUCUCCAGUGAUGAGUUGGCUCCUGUUGUGGAUUCUAACUGCAGCCGGGAUUCAACAGGCCUACUCCCAGAAUUCCACUGCCAUGCCGCCUGCCACAGCCGUCACAUCCCCAGCUGCGGACCCGUACAACCGGACGCAGUAUUGCAAGUGGCCCUGCGAGUGUUCCGAGGUCACCCCUACCUGUCCGCCUGGCGUGAGCCUCCUCAUGGACGGCUGUGACUGCUGCAGGACCUGCGCCCGGCAGGUGGGCGAGGUGUGCAACGAGGCAGACACAUGCGACUACCACAAGGGACUGUACUGUGACUACAGCUCGGACAAGCCUAGGUACGAAAAAGGAGUGUGUGCAUAUAUGGUGGGAACAGGCUGUGAGCAUGAUGGUGUGAUCUACCGUAACGGGCAGAGCUUCAAGCCCAGCUGUAAAUACCAGUGUGUGUGUGUGAACGGUGCCAUCGGCUGCGUGGCGCUGUGCACAGAGUCCCAGCCUCCGAGGGUGUGGUGCCAAACCCCACGCCGGGUCAAAGUCCGGGGACAGUGCUGUGAGCAAUGGAUCUGUGAUGAACCCAAAAGAGGGCGCAAGACGGCGCUGCGACACGCAGUAGAAGCUUCCCCAGCUGAGACCAGGAGCUGGCACAAGAACUGCAUUACCCAGACUACCUCAUGGAGCCCCUGCUCAAAGACCUGUGGCCGCAGCCUGUCCAUGAGGAUCUCUAACGCCAACGAGCAGUGUGAGCUGGUCAAAGAGUCUCGCCUUUGCAACCUGCGGCCCUGUGAGGUCGACAUCACCAAACACAUCAAGCCGGGAAAGAAAUGUCUGAACAUCUACAGAGAAGAACAGCCCUCAAACCUCACUAUCUCUGGCUGCACCAGCAAGAAGCAGUACAGGCCCAAAUACUGCGGCGUCUGCACAGACGAACGCUGCUGCAUCCCCUACAAGUCCAAAACCAUCGACGUAGAUUUCGAGUGUCCUAACGGGACGGGAUUCACCUGGAAGAUGAUGUGGGUCCAGGCCUGCUUCUGCAACCUCAGCUGCAAAAACCCCAACGACAUCUUCGCCGAGCUGGAGAGUUACUAUGGUUACCCAGAAGUCAUGAACUAACAGGUGUCAAUCAUGCUCUUUGCCUGUGGGAGCAUCCUGACUUUCUUCUGGCUUCUUUUUCUCAUGCAAUGUUUUGUAUUUGUAAUGUGUAUGAUUAUGUACAAGGGAUUUUCUUAUGGUCUUUUUUCCUAUUGGAAAAAUUUGUAAAUAUGAAAUAUAUUAUGUGUCUCCAGAAUGGAUUCAUAAAGCAUGAUGUGUCUUUGAAGAAUAUUUGUGGAACUGCUUUGCAAAUGAAAAAAAAAUAUUCAUCCAGUGAGUGUGAAAUAUUGAAGGCUUAAUUUAUUUAUGUAGCUUUUUGCAUAUAUAAUAACACAUGUAAUGUUCUUGAGAUGCUUUUCAGUCAAACAUUGUCUGUCUUUAAACUCACAAGUAGAUAAUAAGGCUAAACUGUAAUUAUUUUCCUUAAUGAUAUAUGUUAAAAAGGCAGAAAUGGACUGAGAUGCCAAAGACAACGCCUUAUUUUAGGACCACAUGUUUAAAUAUGCAAUGAUGACAGGAUCAGGGAAGAUCAGUUACACAUUUUUUAUUGUAAUUUUUUUAAUAAAUACAAACUGUUAUGUCAUUUUUAAAUCUUUUCUACAGCAUUAGACGGUUGUGCAUCGCAUCUUUACAAAGCUGUGUAUGUGUUCUACAAAGCAAAAUGUUGCUGUAGUGCAAGUAAAAUAUGGGAGUAGAAGGUGUCAGGUAAGUUCUAUGGCUAUCCUCAUGUUAACAUGUGGACCUAUCACUUCACUCACCCAAAAAUCCACAACCACAUAGGAGCAUCACAUCUAAAAAGUGAACAAUUCCAUGGCACAUCUUUGUUCCAUUGUGCUUGAUUGCAUAGAAAUCAUCAUAAAAAAAGGAAAAUAAACUUUUUGUCUGAAGCCAUGAUCCAUUAAUAAAGCUUUUGAAUUUGUUUCAGAA